GCAAUUGACGGCAGCCCACCCCCUCGACACCCACAUCCCCACGUCGCAUACCCGCAACCAUGUCUGCGCCGUCGCUCGCCCCGUUUAUCAACAAGCGCCCAUGGCUGCAGCGCUGGAUGAAGCCGCUCGCCAACUGGUACUGCAACGCCGCAGGAUACAGGCAGCUCGGACUGAGGGCCGAUGACCUGCUUCCCGAAGAGAACGACGUUGUGCAGACCGCCCUCAAGCGCCUCCAACCCCAGGAUGCAUACAACCGCGUCUUCCGUCUGCGUCGCGCUAUGCAGCUCUCCAUGACGCAUCAGCUCCUCCCCAAGGAGGAGUGGACCAAGGCGGAAGAGGACGUCCCGUAUCUUACCGACGUCAUCAAGGAUAUCGAGUCGGAGAUGGCCGAGCGCGAGGACCUCGAGGCAAUGGUCAUGACCAAGAGGAAGGCGAACGCAUCGAGCGGACACUAGAAUGUGAAUAUGAGAACGAGUUGGAAUUCUGCGAGCUUGGGUGGUCGAACCGAUAUCAAGGAUGUGCAAUAGAGUGUAACACCAGUUUUCUAAAUCAAGCCAUCUCCAUUG